CUGCCGUUUCUGUUGGACGCUAGCUUGACACGAGUUGUGAUGUUAGCCUGUUUUCUUGGGACACUCCUAGCGCUUAUCCCACCUCCCUGGUAAUAUCCUCCAGCCCCCCCUCAGGAAACCAUGGCCGAGCAGGCCUCGGGACCCCCGCUGUCGUCCCAACAUGACGAGGUGCUGCAGCAGCGAGUGGCCGCUCUGGAGCAGGAGAGAGCCGAGUUCAUCAAACUCAAGCAGCAGCUGGAGGCCGAGUUCAACCAGAAGAGAGCCAAGUUUAAAGAGCUCUUCGUGUCCAAGGAAGAGGAGCUGAAGAGGCAGUCCACGGCGCUGGACGGCGCCCAGGCCGAGCUGAGCUCCGUCCAGGAUCAGCUGACUCAGGCUCGGACGGAGAUGGAGACGAUCAGAGCCGUGGCCACCGUGUCAGAAAACACCAAACAGGAAGCCAUCGACCAGGUCCGCAGCCAGUGGCAGGAGGAGGUGGCGUCCCUGCAGGCCAUCAUGAAAGAAACAGUUUGUGAGUACGAGGUCCAGUUCCACCAGCGUCUGGAGCAGGAGAGAGCCCAGUGGAACCAGUACAGGGAGGCGGUGGAGAGGGAGCUUGGGGACUUGAGACGCCGCCUCACUGAGGGCCAGGAGGAAGAGAACCUGGAGGACGAGAUGAAGAAGGCCCAGGAGGAUGCAGAGAAGCUGCGUUCGGUGGUGAUGCCCAUGGAGCAGGAGAUCGGGGCCCUGAAAGCGAAGCUGACCACAGCCGAGGACAGAGUGAAGGAACUGGAGGCGUCCAAGGUCAAGGAGCUCAAUCACGUUCUGGAGGCGGAGAAGUCGUGUCGUACCGACCUGGAGAUGUACGUGGCUGUGUUGAACACACAGAAGUCCGUCCUGCAGGAAGACGCAGAGAAACUCCGGAAAGAGCUCCAUGAAGUGUGUCACAAACUGGAGUUGGAGCGGCAGCAGCACAACCAGCUGAAGCACACGUGGCAGAGAGCCAACGACCAGUUCCUCGAGUCCCAGCGGCUCCUCAUGAGGGACAUGCAGAGGAUAGAGAGCGUGCUGUCGUCAGAGCAGCUGCGCCAGGUGGAGGAGAUGAAGAAGAAAGACCAGGAGGAGGAUGAGAAGGAGAGGCUGAGCCAAGUGAAGGAGCUGCAGGAGGAGGACGGUGGAGACAACACGGAGCCUCUGGAGGAUUCAUUCCUCGGGCUGAGCAUCGAGGAGCCUCAUGGUAACCACAGCGCACACGGCUCCAUGCACUCCUUAGACACCGAUGUGGUCGCAGGAGGACUGAUGGACCCCUACAAGGAGAACCUGCGCAGAGUCCAGUCCACAGACAGCCUCGGCUCCUCACUCUCUUCUCAGCAGGGCCUCGGCGGCCACAACCACAAGGCCAAGUCGGCCAGCCACUUGGACGAGUCGGACUUUGGGCCCUUGGUGGGCGCCGACUGCAGCGUGACGGACAGUAGUUUUGGUGAAACGGCGUCGAUCGGCUCCAUGAAGUUGACGGGGAGUCACUUCCUGCUGACUAAAGAUCAGGAGAAGGCCAUCAAGGCCAUGACGCCGGAGCAAGAGGAGACGGCGUCCCUGCUGUCCAGCAUCUCCCACGCCCCCGACACCGCCUUCUUACCGCCUGCAGGCUACAGGCUGGUCAGCGACAGCGAGUGGAACCUGCUGCAGCAAGAGGUGAAAAACGCAGGCAGGAAGCUCGGCCGCCGUUGUGAUAUGUGCUCAAACUACGAGAAGCAGCUGCAGGUCAUCCAAGGACAAGAGGCGGACACACGGGAUCAGGUGAAGAAGCUGCAGGUGAUGCUUCGUCAGGCCAACGACCAGCUGGAGAGGACGAUGACCGAGAAACAGAGUUUGGAAGAUUCGGUCAAAGCAGGAAACGAGGAAACCACGGCUAAGGUCUCUGCCCUCUUGCAGAGAGUCCAGGAGUCAGAGACGUUGCUCGACACGUUGCAGCAGGCCUUCAGUGAAGCCAAGAGGAACACGCAGGACCAGAUGGUGGUGCUGGUGAAGUCAAGGGAGCAGGUGGCGGAUGAGCUGAGUCGACUACAGCGAGACAACGAGAGCCUGCAGGGGAAACACAGGCUGCACGUAGAGCUGCAGCAACAGGAGGACUUUCAGAUGCCCAACACUGUGCAAGAGCUACAAAGCCUGGCGAUAAGGCUCCGUGAGGACCUGGUGUCGUUACGGACGUCCGCCGAUCACAUGGAGGAGAAGCUGAAGGCGGAGAUCCUGUUCCUGAAGGAGCAGAUCCAAGCGGAGCAGUGUCUGAAGGAGAACCUGGAGGACACGCUGCAGCUGGAGAUCGAGGGCUGUAAGGAGGAGAUCGCGUCUUUCUCCAGUCUGAAGACGGAGCUGGAGCGGAUAAAGGCGGAGAAGCAACAGUUGCAGAGCAGUCUAGCAGAGAAGACAGAAACACUGUCGAGCAUCCAGAGCCGGAGGAGCAGCCUGGAGCAGCAGCUCAAAGAUCUCACCGCUGCAAAGAGUGCACUAGAGAGUCAGGUGUUUGACGAGAAGGACAAAGCUCAGCGGCUGCAGACGGAGCUGGACGUCAGCGAGCAGGUUCAGAAGGACUUUGUCAAACUUUCUCAGACUCUUCAGGUACAGUUGGAGCGAAUACGACAGGCAGAGUCCCUGGAUCGAAUCAAAGUCAUCCUCAACGACACCAACUUGACUGACAUCAACCAGCUCCCAGAGACAUGAUACCACUGAGUGAAGACUGCCUUCAGUUUCACCCCCCCCCCCCCUCUCUCUUAUCACUGGCCCAGUAACAUUAUUGAUCUGACCCUCCCCUCCUCCCCCUCCCCCUCCUCCUCCUCCUCCCCCUUAACCACAGAGGAAGAGUUAGGAGGCACAAGAACGGACACGGCACAAGGAGCCCUUUGUGUACAUUAAGAGUCUUUGAACAUAAAAGAAUAAUGAAGAAGAACACUACUAAAAAAAAAUGAUGUAAAUAACUAAAUGUGUGACUCUGGACGGAGGA